CUAGCUGUUCGGGUCCUUUCUUGACCGAGAACCGUAACAUCUAGUUAUAACAGAAUCAAGUUAAAACUUGUGGGGAAACGGCCGGCAUUUUCAUAGGUUUUUAGCAUCCUCCAUGUCCGUUGAAAACACUGCUUUCUCUGCCUCAGGAGAGGAAGUAAUAGCUCGAUCCAUAGACAUCGAGGUAGACAAUACUGCCGAUAAACUGAAAUCCCUUGCUGAAUUCGAUGCUUUUUAUGAAAUUGAACGAACAGCAAGGGAAAUAGAGGAAGAUAAUUUCAAACGAGUGGCUUUACAAUUCCCAGACGAACUGCUACAUGAUUCUGUACAAAUAUUCCGAAGACUGAAAGGGAGGAUUGGCCUUGAUAAAGAGCUUUAUGUCCUUGCAGACACAUCCUAUGGCAGUUGCUGUGUGGAUGAAGUGGCUGCUCAGCAUAUCGAUGCGAAUGCUCUUGUGCAUUAUGGUCAUGCUUGUAUCAGCCAGACAUAUCGGCUUCCAGUAAUAUACGUCUUUGGAAAGAAGACCGUCGAUGUGGAAGACUGCGUAGUUCGUACAGUCGAGACUUUUUCCUUUCAUUUUUCAUCCGCAUCGUCGUUAGAAUCGAAUCGCUCCAAAAAGAUCGUUCUACGCCACGAUGUCGCAUACACACAUCAAGCAGGGAGACUGGUCGAUCGGUUUAGGGAGGCCCUGACGCAUUUCGAUAGCCAACUUGCCUACGCAGAAAUACCUGACAAACUGCUCCCUCCAGACCAUCCAGAGAGUUCCCGAAUUCUACCGGAGGAAGUAGACCAAGACUGUACCAUCUUCUAUGUAGGGGAUGAAAGCCUGGGUUUGACAAACUUGUUAAUGACGCAUUCUUCUUGUGAUGUCUAUCAAUAUUCUCCUACCUCACAAACAAGCUGCUUAGCAUCAGGUCGGACGAACAAACUUCUUAUGCGCCGUUACGCCGCGAUGCAGAAGGGACGUGAUGCCGACGUAUUUGGGAUACUUGUAGGUACUCUUGGUGUUGCCUCCUACCUUCCCUUGAUCAAACACAUUCGUACCCUCCUCAACGCAUCACACAAGAAGAGUUACACUAUCAGUGUCGGAAAGCUCAACCCAUCCAAAUUAGCCAACUUCAUGGAAAUAGAAUGUUUCGUUCUUGUCGCGUGUCCUGAAAAUAGUCUUAUUGACGCGAAGGACUUUUAUCGACCUAUCAUAACCCCUUAUGAAUUAGAAGUAGCUUUGCAAGCUGAGCAAAGUUGGACAGGGAAGUACAUUCUCGACUUCGAGAAACUGCUCGCAGAAUAUGGCCAGGGUGAUAAGACGGAGAUCGCGGAAGGGAACGACGAAGACAAAGAUGAAGAUGCACCUGUAUUCUCUCUUGUGACAGGAAAGUACCGGCACGCAAAGCAAUUUGGACCAAUCUCGAGCGAAACAAAUUCUAUGGCUUCCCCGAGCUCGUCGGCGGCCCUUAUUCAACGAAACCAGGAUAACGCCUUGUCAUUGUUGAGUGAUAGCGCCGCGGGUGACUAAUUCCCUCUUGGGUUUGAGGAAUCACUGAUCCAUUUGCUUUCCCAGCUCAAUUUCUGCAGAGCCGCACUUAUCAAGGACUAGAUCCUCGUUUA